CACGAAUUUUCGUCAAACCGUGUACAGCAACAGAAAACACAACCCUAUGUUAAUUUCACGUACGUCACGAAUAAACGUGAUAAUUUUCCGUCGUUAGAGACGGCAUUUCUGUAACCCGAAAUAAAGAGAUCUGAAGUGUUCAACCAACCAUGCGGCGUUGUCCAUACCUGACAAUAGAAUUGGGCACGUAACUAGUUGAUGUAAGUUCAACCGUCUGCCAGAAAGUGCUUCAGCGAUUCAAAACACGCCACACAAAAUAUGAAGCGCCAUCUAUGGGUAACUUUCACGGUUCUGCUCGUGCUGCAAACGUUUCACCCGGUCGUCUGCUAUCAUCUGCACGAUCUUCAAGCCUUCAUGGCGACGGGGAGGCUCGAAGGAACUGGCCGUCGGGAAAAUCGAAAGGAAACCCCGUGGAUUAAGUCGGCAAAUUCCUACAACGGCCGAAAGCAAGGAUACCAACCGUUUCCAGUAAUUUUUGAUCUGCAGCAGCGCCAGCAAGCGCAAGAGUUGGUCCAGAAAAUUGUGAACAAACUACGCUUGUUGAUGUCCAAGCCAAACCUUGAUGCGCUCAUGAACACUCUAGAUUGCGACGACCCUACACACGGGCACUCUGGCGGACUCCUCCCUGUUCCUCACUCAAACGACUUCCACGAGGCGGCCUUGGUGUUACUGCUGGCGUUGGCCGGGUGCCCCGCCCAGAGUGAAGAGAGGCUCCAGAGAGCUAUAGCGACCAGCGGCCUGGACGCCGUGAUCCAGUUACUGAAGGAUAUGCACACGCUCACGAGCAGCAUCCCUGUUUAUAAGCCCUCCCCACCUCCUGAAAAGGUCGAACUGAAAACAGAACAAGGGGGAAAACCCAGAUUUUUGUUGACGCCUAACGAUUUGGUUUGAUGGGAUGGGAGUGUUUAAUUUCCGCGUGGAAGGAAGAAAGAACUGGCGUGUACGCUUCAAAACGUCCCGGUGUAAAAAAACUGAUGGUCCGUGUAAUAGACACUCCGUCCUACAUAAGAUCCGUACAGGUUAGGGCUAACAUGAUGUAAUCGGGCUCUGUAUCAAAAAGGACUCGUGCGACACCGGGAUAGGUGCCUUGUUUUUUAAGAUCUUGUUUUUUAAGACCUUGUAUGCACCCGAACGUAUAUUUCUGGUAAUCUUAAUCAAAGCGACUUUCAAAUAGAACGACAACGUUCAAGAAAUUUCAACUAGAAUGCAAUAAUCUAGAUACAAAGAUUGGAUCAAAAGUGACGCAGAGAUAUCAGAACCAUGCGGCAAACGUAAAUAAGCACUCAGCCCACCCAUCUGCAAGUCCACUUGCCCCCACUGCAUUUAUGUAACUUCUUGUGAAUCAAUACUAAUUAUUCAAUAAAUAUACCACCAGACUCGCA